CAGAAACAUGGUGAUUUGUCUAUAAUGUUUUAAAUAUAAUAAUUGUUUCAGGGACAUAUAAUAAAUAUAUUAAAAGGCAUCAAAGUGAUCAGUAUAUUUCAUAGCAGUUGUCUACUUCAGUACAUGAAGGUUCACUUUUAUUUUCUUUCACUUCAUAAUCCUCAUUUUGAAUUACUUUAAUAUGCUGAACAUUAACUUUUUUGGUUGUGAUUUCAGACCUGAUGGAAGUGAAGGAGGAGAGUGAAGCACUGAGUGAAGUGGAGGAGGAUCGUCAUGACAAACCUGUAGAAAAACCUUUGAGUCGCUCAAAGACUAAAAAGACAUUUCUAAAGAAAAGAGACAAGAAAUCUACAACCUGCACUCAGUGUGGAAAGAGUUUCUCAACCAAACAAUAUCUUGAGAUUCACAUGAGAGUUCAUACAGGAGAGAAGCCGUUCACAUGUGAUCAAUGUGGGAAGAGUUUUACAUCAAAACAAAGUCUUGAGAUUCACAGUGCAGUUCAUACCGGAGAGAAGCUGUUCGAAUGUAAUGAAUGCGGCAAAACGUUUCGCUGGGCAUCAAACCUGAAGACACAUCUGAAAAUUCAUACAAAGGAGAAGCCAUAUUCAUGUUCUAUGUGUGGAAAAAGUUUUUCUCAGCUGCCAUAUUUAUAUCAACACGAGAAAAUACACACUAGGUGUGAGAGAGUACGAUGUGCUUUGAGUGUGAGAAGACUUUUACUACAGCAAACCAAUUAA